GAAGGAUACACAACUUUGAAUGGGAUUGUAGACACCACGCAGCGUGUGCUCAAGCCUCACAUUUCCAUUUCCUCGACGAGAACGACUCGACCCAUGCGCACCAGUGUCCUUCUUGCGCUUUGCCUCGCAGUCAACAGCGCGACAGUCGACGAGCUGCCGACGUCGACCGUGUGCACGUCGAUCGAGCGCGGCGUCGACUAUACGUACAACGACAUCAAGUACGAAUUCGUGUACGGCUCGGAUCAAGAAAAGCUGGACAAAUGCUGCAAGUUCUGCUCGACGCUCGACGACUGCCGCGGUUUCAUCGUCUCCGACACCAAAUGUUGGCUCAAGAGCCUCAUGAGCAACAAGACGCCGUCUCGCCCCGACGUACUCGCGGGCCUGUACAGUGCGCCCAACCCAGCACUCCGCUCGUGCUAAGCGUCUGCACUCCAUUUUGCACUUGACUUGCACGUUUUCCUAAAGCAUGAUCUGAAAUAAACAUUCGACUUGACGCUUCUUAGUCGGUGC